AUGAGCUCCGAUCUCAAUGAAAGCGACUUGGAUUUCAAAUUUUUAAAACCAUUAUUUAAAAUAAAUCGGUCAGGAAGAAACAAUCAAGACUCAACCAGUUCAAAUUUCAGUGUGGUAGUCACUGAUGAUUCAGGUGAAAUCGAAACUGUGCGAAGAGAUAAAUGUGAUUCAAAAUCACUAGGCUCCACUCCAGAAGAAAUAAUGUCUAGUAAAGAUAGCCCUACUCCAGUUAUUGAAAUGGUCAAAGAAAUGUUACUUAUGGAAAAUAUAACCCAUUCCGAUGAAUCAAUAGCAGCACCGGUACCAGAUACCGGAACAGCGUUAGAAUCUAACGAGAUACAAGAAAUGACAAUAAAUACUUCAUUACAACACUCAGAAAAUUCCGAAAAAUCAAAUAGCCCCUGA